UCAAUAUCUCUUUCAUUUUCCACUAUAACUAAUUACGACAAACUCGAACUCAACACAAAACCAAAAGCAAAUCAAAUCCCUCUUUCUUUCUUUGGGAAAAAUGGCGGAUCAGCUCACCGAUGAUCAGAUCUCCGAAUUCAAGGAAGCUUUCAGCCUCUUUGACAAAGAUGGCGAUGGUUGUAUCACUACCAAGGAGCUUGGAACUGUGAUGAGAUCUCUUGGGCAGAAUCCAACUGAAGCAGAACUUCAAGACAUGAUUAAUGAAGUUGAUGCUGAUGGAAAUGGGACAAUUGAUUUCCCAGAGUUCCUCAACUUGAUGGCACGCAAGAUGAAGGACACAGAUUCUGAGGAAGAGCUUAAAGAGGCUUUCCGGGUUUUUGACAAAGAUCAGAAUGGAUUCAUUUCUGCUGCUGAGCUCCGUCAUGUGAUGACAAAUCUUGGCGAGAAGCUGACUGAUGAGGAAGUCGACGAGAUGAUUCGUGAGGCUGAUGUGGAUGGUGAUGGUCAGAUCAACUAUGAGGAGUUUGUCAAAGUCAUGAUGGCCAAGUGAGGAUCUCUCAACCAUAACUAAAUCUCAAAUCGACCAAAAAAAAAAAAUGGAACAGAGCACUUUUGUUGAUGAAAUUUCUAUUUCCCAUUAGGAAAUCAGCUACAUUUGGUGUUAUUAGCUUUCAUUGGGUGUUUGCUUUUUUUCAUGUCUGCAUUGAUUUGUGGUACUCUUCUUUAGUAUUCAGCUUUAUUUUUGUUUUUCUUGUCCAGUAGUCUGGUUUGUUAGUGUCUAUCUUCUAUGUUGGCUGUCUAUUUUUAUGUGUUCUCUGUUUUUUUGGCAUUAUGGGCUUCGAACAAUUGGGAGAAUUUAUUAUUUUGAUUAUGGGUGACUAAUUUUGGGGAUUACUUUAGUCCUCUACCAUUUUGCUUGUA